AUGGCGGGUAGGGUUCUCUCACAAUCUCUCUUAUGUCUUAUGGGCCUUUACACAAAUGCGUUGGUCACGAGGUUUCAUCUAAAUUCGCUGGAUUCUACUCCAAUUUCUACGCCUUCGUCUGUGACGAAUCCUAAUUUGCUGGAUUCUGCAGCAAUUUCUACAUCGUCAGCUUUGAUUUCUGAUUCUGAAUCUGAAACUGUGACUGGAAUGGAGAAGAUUGAUUGUGAUCAUCCAUACUACUUGUAUGCUUCUGAUUCUCCUGGUAUGGUACUUGUCUCUCCUCCAUUUGAUGGAUCUGGAUAUGGAGGAUGGAGAAAAUCGGUGCUAAUUGCAUUUUCAGCAAAAAAUAAGUUGGGUUUCAUUAAUGAAACCUUACCUAGACCCAAAGAUGGAGCGCCAGAUCUUAAAUCCUGGAUUAGAUGCAACGACAUGGUCUUCGCAUGGUUGCUUAAUCCACUAACAGUUGAAAUUAGGUCAAGUGUGAUUCAUUCUAAAUCAGUAAGGAUUUUAUGGAAACAACUUGAGGACAGGGAGAUAUGCACUUGUGUGGAUUGUAAAUGUGGUUCAUUUGAGAAGAAUCAUGCUAUUGAAGAAAGACAAAAAUUGGUUCAGUUUCUAUUGGGAUUGAACGAGACAUAUACUGAAAUUAGAGGAAACAUAAUGAUGAUGCAGCCUUCCCCUACUAUUGACAGAGCAUGUUACUUACUUCUACAAGAAGAAAGACAGAGGAGUAUACAAAGUAUUGCCCAGUACCCUAGUGAAUCUAGCUCUUUUGCUAUAUACCCGGGCAACAUUUUGGUCAAGGCAGGCAGAAGCCUAAAUGCAGGAAAUGGACCUAAUUCAUACAAAAACAAUCAGGAAUAUAUAAAGAAUCUUUUCUGCAACUACUGCAAGAAACCAGAGCAUACUAUUGAGAGAUGUUUCAAGCUUCAUGGAUAUCCACAAAAUACUAAAAAUCCUGGUAACAGAAAGACCAAAUAUUACUCUUCAGAUUAA